AAAAGAAGAAGCAAAAGGCUCAGAGAAAACUUAAGAUCGUGCAAGACAGUCAGGAGGUGGUGGAGGAGGAGGUCAAUGAGCAGACGAAGGAUAAGAAGAAGAAAAAGAAGAAAAAGGAGUCUUCUGAAUUGAAAACGUACACAGAAGACAAGGAUGUAUCUGUGCAAGUCAAGAUUGAGAAGAAGGAUAAGAAGAAGAACAAGAAGAAAGAGACGAUGGAGGAGGAAGACGAUGGAAGCAAUGACAAGGAUUCAGAAGAAGAGACAGAGAGAAAGAAAAUAAAAAGAGACAAGCAGAAGAAUCUGAAGAAGAAGCAGAAGAAGCAGAGCAGCGAGAGCGAAGAGGACGAAGAUUCUCAUAACAGGACAAGAGAAGGUGUCGAGUCCCCGACAUCGCAACCAGCGCUUGUACGACACUCAUUUGAAACGACCGACGCUGACCACGCGGAGACGCCAAGAGAAGCAUAUGAACACAUCCUGCCGCUGCUUCACAAGAUGGCAGAGGCAGCGAGCAAGAAGCCGUCGGAGCUACGCAUCUACGACCCUUUCUUCUGCACGGGCUCCAUGAAGCGACACCUGGCCAGCCUGGGCUUCACCAACGUCUACAACAAGAACGAAGACUUCUAUGAGAUGGUGAAGAGCAAGAGAAUCCCCGAGCACGACAUGGUCGUCACCAACCCUCCUUACUCCCUCGACCACAUCCCUCGCUUCCUCCGCUGGCUCAGCGUCAACGACAAGCCCUGGCUUCUCCUCGUGCCUAACUACGUCUACACCAAGGACUACUUCUCCUCCUCCCUUCGCGGCCGCCUCCCCAUGUUUCUCACGCCUCCUGGUCGCUACGUCUAUGAGAGCCCCAAGCACGUGGCCAACGCGCAGGGCCAGACAGCCCCUUAUGUGAGCUUCUGGUACGUCGAGACACGGUGA